GAUGGAAUAAACCCCUUCACUGACUCAUAGCCACCGGGAUUGUUCCUCUUGGAAAGUCUGCCAUUCCCAACUCUUCUCAGCUCAGCUCAGCAGCUACGAGAUGGCCAGGAUCCUUGCCCUGUGUGUUGCAGUUCUUGCCUGCAUCAGUAUUGGAUCUGCUCUGCAGUGCUUGAAAUGUUCGUUCACGUUUCACGGAAUGCCCUGCCAUACCAGCACAACCACCUGCCAAGCUGGAGAGGUCUGUGCUACCAUCCGGGGAGCAGCAGCUGGCAAGGGGCUUAUCAUGAAGAGGAACUGCGUUGCUGCGGAGAAAUGCAACAAGAACGAAACUGACACUUUCUUGAGCAUGACGUACACCACCACUUACCACUGCUGUGAAGGCGAUUUCUGCAACUCGGCUGCCACCCUGCCCACCAGCCAUCUCUCCCUGCCAAUGGCUCUGGCUAUGCUUGGCGUCUGGCUCAUUCGCCUCCUCUAAGCCCUCUCCUGAGGAGGAGGAGGAAACAGCAGCAACAAUUUCUACAGGCUAGCAACAAAAAAAAGGCACCCAAAUAAUAAUAAUCCAAUCAUACCAAACACUGUAUCAAGUAGAUUUACCCCUUCCUUCCUUCAUUUUGUUUCUUUAUACUUUAAAAAAGGCAAUUGUUAAUGAAUGGUGGGCUGUGUUUUUCUCCUCCCUAUCUCAAAUAACAAGAACUAAAUACAAGUGGAUAAGGUUACAGGCAGGAAGGAAAAGACUAGGGGCCAUGUUGGGAGAAGAAAACUUCCUUACCUUGCCUGUCAACGCGUUACCCAUCCGCUUUGUUGUUUUAUUGCAAGAAGAUGCAGAGGUGGCAUUUUAUUAUAUGUUUUGCCUCACAUCUGCGCCAGGUGCGUGGCGAAAUUCUCCUUACCAUUUGACAGGAAGACGCAAAG